CUUUUAGUCUCAUGAUCUAAUUUAUCCAUGUUUAUCAGUUAUCGCUUCAAAAUCUUGAUAAACGAUAGGCCAACUCCUGUUAUACUGUUUAAACUUUGUCAUCUGUGCAGACUGAAUUUCCUGUAGAUGAAAUUUGAGCUAUUUUUGGAAUCUAUCUUCUAUCUCAGGCCGGUUAAAUGGCCGCAGAACCAGUUAAUGUUAAUGAGUUCCAAAUUCUGGCUAAGCAAGUCCUUCCAAAAAUGCAUUAUGACUUCUACAGCGGGGGAGCAGAAGAUCAGCAUACAUUAAAAGAGAAUGUCCAAGCAUUUAAAAAAAUCACGUUUCGACCUAGAAUUCUUGUUGAUAUCAGUAGAAUAGCAAUGCCUACUACUAUACUGGGCUAUACUAUCUCUGCACCUAUUAUGAUAGCACCGACUGCUAUGCAUAAGCUAGCACAUCCUGAAGGAGAGAUUGCUACUGCUAGAGCAGCUGCUGCGUCCAACACCGUAAUGGUUUUAUCCUUCUCUGCUACCUGCAGUUUGGAGGAGGUUGCUGCUAGUUGCAAUGCUGUUCGUUUCUUUCAAUUAUAUGUAUAUAAAAGACGCGAUAUCGCUGCUAAAUUAGUGCAGAGAGCUGAAAGGAAUGGUUAUAAGGCUAUUGUACUAACAGCUGAUUGUCCAAGACUCGGUCGCAGAGAAGCAGAUAUAAAGAACAAAAUGUUUGUACCACAGCUGAAGAACUUGGAGGGCCUCUUAUCAACUGAAGUUGUAUCUGAAAAAGGUUCAGGCUUAGAAGCUUAUGCCAAUGAAACAUUUGAUGCUUCUUUGUGUUGGAAGGAUGUAGGAUGGUUAAAAUCUAUUACAAACUUGCCAAUUCUGAUCAAGGGUGUACUCACUCCUGAAGAUGCCGUGAAGGCCAUGGAAGUAGGUGUUGCAGGGAUUAUUGUCUCUAAUCAUGGAGCUCGACAGCUAGACUAUUCUCCUGCCACUAUUUCUGCUUUGGAAGAGGUUGUUCAUGCUGUUGGAGGGAAAAUUCCAGUUCUCCUUGAUGGAGGAGUGCGGCGAGGAACUGAUGUAUUCAAGGCAUUGGCACUUGGUGCACAAGCAGUCCUUGUUGGCAGGCCUGUAAUCUAUGGGCUGGCAGUGAAAGGAGAAGAUGGAGUAAGACAAGUCAUGAAAAUGCUCAAGGAUGAACUUGAGCUCGCCAUGGCCCUUUCUGGCUGUCCUAGUUUGAAACAUAUUACUAGGAGCCAUGUAAGAACUGAGCGUGACAGACUCCAAUCUAUGCUCUAAUGCUGCCACAGUUGUAGUAAUCAUUUGGGUUAAGAUUAUUUUUCAUUUGGGUUGUGAUCAUGAUAAGUGGAAAUGGUGAUUGUUGGUUCUGAACCUUGAUGUGUAACAGCAGAAUGAUGAACUGACCAUUCAAUGAAUGUAGCUUUUUACAA